UGCGCUGGGCAGCUUCAGGGUAUACACAGGUGGGUCAGUCCCCCCGAGGAGCAGAGCAUGGGGUGAGGACCCGGGCAGAUCCACAUGGCUGGUGUGGAGCGCCCCGUGGAGGACUGAGGUCACGGGGAGCACACCCGGCAUAGCAGGGCGACGGGACGCCAGCCCACGUGGGGUGACCUGGUGUGUGCGCGCCAUGUGGUAACCCGAGGAAGUGCCGCAGGGGACCCUGGCGUGGGUUGUUCUCUCUGCACUUACACUGUUUUGCAAAUUUUGUGCUGUGAGCUCAUGUCGCUCCUCACGCGCCCAGAGGCCCUGGGCGUGCCCGCAGGUGUGGGGCACCGGGCUGUCCGCGGGCGGCGCAGGCCAGCUCCCUCCCCCGGCACCCCCACGGCCCUUAUGGCCUUUCACACUGUCCGCUGCCGCAUGUGGGGCCUCUCCACCGUGGCACUCUGCGGGGGCUUUGGCCUUGCCUUGUUCGGGGACGCGGACGCCCAGCCGGCCCAGUUCCCUGGCAGGCCCAGGCCGUGUCCAGCGAAGACACUGCCUCAGCUCUGGAGACUUACGGGGCCGGGGGCAACCUGCCGGGUGGAACGCGUGACUGGGGCCGGACCCCGCACGAUGGGUGGGCUCUGCUUGCGUGGGCGCCAGGCAGACCCUCCUCCGGCGUCUGAGAGGCUGUGCUGCGCUCUCGGCGUGGAGGGAAGCCGUCUGGCCGCCACGGACACGAUGGGGCUCCCUGCCCCUGGCGGACACGGGAGGACGCAGGGGGGGCCCAAGGCGUGCAGGUGCGGCCUCACCGGUGGCAUGGGGGACGCUCGGGCUCAGAGGCCACCUGUGGGCCUGCCCGCACCUCCUGGGCGUCCUGGCUGCAGCUCUGGCGGCCACGGGCUGGGCCUCUGAUCCCCUCGGAGGGGAGCUGGGGUUGUGCGUGACCCAUGUGAGUUUGCACAUGGGCUCCUGUCUGCAAGAAGGGCAUUUGACCGUGGGGUCAGUUGUGGCUACGUGGGUCACACAUGGGCCCUGUGGUCACACUCACAGAAGGGCGAGGGUCUGCCCACGGGAAAAUGGGUGUCUCUGUGGCCCCAGGAGGAAGGUGGGCGUGUGCGGAACCAUCCUGAGGUCCCAGAGCUUCCUGGUGGCGGGGCCCAGUGAGCAGCAGGGCGGACUUGUGCUGCAGAGCCGGGCGGCGAGGCAGGGAGCUCGCCAGGGCAGGGACGGCCCCUCACCGCUCCAGGAGCUCGGCCCAUCCCGGCUGGAAUGAGGGAGUUUCCAGUUUGCUUUCCUGAGUGUUCGGACUCUCUCCCGAGGCUUGCGUGGAGGGCCGGCACUGGACAGAAAUGCCCUCUGCGUGCGUCAGGUGUUAGGCAAACAGACCUGUGUCCUCUCCCCACGUGCUGCGGCAGCAAACAUGGGGCUCCCCUGGUCAGCCAGUUCUCCUGUUCUCUGAGGCCCCGCAGGUCGGGGCUGCUCACUGGCAUCUGCUUCCAAAGCUCACCCAUCACCCACUCCAGCCGGAGGACCCCAGCCCCAGUGGCCCUCCCAGCCCCUGGAAGCCACUCCUCCCUGUCCUCUGCGUGCUCAGCGGCUCCGGACAUCGGGCAGUGACCCGUCGUGACCUUGGAGUCUGGCUUGUUUCUGCACGGGAAGUGAGCGGUGGGAUUGCGGGCCGUGCGCCGUGGUCUGCUCUGGGCCUGGCUGCUUCUAGCUGCAGAAUUCUCGCGAAAGUCAUUCACGCCAGCGGCCCCUCGCACCUCGGCGCCAAGGGCUUCCCGCUGGAUGGAGGCGCCGGCUGGUUCUGCCUUCUGCUGAGCGACGUCUGGGCUGUUUCCAGUUUGGGCAUUUCCAGAUCUGCAUCCUGCUCGUGAGGCAGCGCGACGGCGUCUCUCCCGCGCUUGCUUCUCCUCGGCUGGGUCUGGGCUCCCGCCCUCCCCGGCUGGGUUUUGUCCGGGGCGGAGGUGCGGGGCUCCCGUUCG